AUGGAGGAACAUGCCCUGGGGCCGCCGGGGGCCAAGGUGCCGGUCGGGCGGGACGACCCAGACCGGCCACAGGUUCACUUGGCGCCUAAACAGGGCUGGCUCAACGAUCCAAAUGGCCCGAUCUGGUACAAGGGCCGUUACCACUUGUUUUACCAGCACGUGCCCCAGGGAUGCGAGUGGCAGUGGGGCCUGGUGUGGGGCCAUGCCGUCUCCACUGACCUUGCCCACUGGCGGCACCUGCCCCCAGCCCUCGCGCCCACCCCCGGCGGCCCAGACGCCGACGGCUGCUGGUCGGGCUGCUGCACCGUGAGCGCGGAGGGGGUGCCCACCAUUCUGUACACCGGCGUGCGCCUGCGCUCCAACCGCGCCUGCGGCCCGCCGCCGCCGCCCAGCCAGGAUCUGGGCCUGCUGUUUAUCGAGAGCCAGCUGGCGGCCGUGCCAGCAGACCCAGAGGAUGAGCUGCUGCUGAGGUGGCGCAAGGUGGAGCAGCCGGCGGUGGCGCUGCCGCCGCCCGGCCUGAACCUGAUGGGGUUCCGAGACCCCUUUGUAUACCUGGGAGGCAGCUCUGCGGCAGCUGCCGCUGGUACCGGGGAGCAGCAGGCGCCGCAGUCUGCUGCGCGGCACCAGGCGCUGCAGCACGGCUACCGCAUGCUGCUGGGGAGCGGGGUCAGGGGCAGCGGCGGCGCGCUGCUGGCAUAUGGCAGCAGAGGAGGCACUGGCGGCAGCGCUGGUGAUGGCAAUGUUGGCAACGGCAUCAGUAGCGCCACCAGCAGCAGCAGCAGCGAUGACUGUGCUUGCGGGGAUGGCAGCGACUGCAGCGGCAGCAGCCUGGCGAGGGGCUGGCGGUAUGAGGGCCAGGUGUGCAGUGCUGCUGACCUGGCAGAAGCAGCGCAAGCAUCUUCGGCCACAGAGGCAAGCGGUGCGCUGAGCGGCGCUGCCGCUGACGAACUGGGGGAGGUGUGGGAGUGCCCGCUGUUGGUGCGGCUGCCGACGCCCGGGGGUGGCGCGGGCGACGGCGGCGGAGGGAGCCGCCGGCAGCCCUGGCUGCUGGCGGUCUCUCCCUACCCAGUCAAGCCACCUCACUCCCCGAGCAACCCAGUGCUGUACUGGAUCGGCGGCAUGGAUGAAGGCGCCACCAGGCACGCCCGCCAGCCGCAGCCAGCCUGGUUUGAUGUGAGGGGCGCCUGGGGACCAUACCGGCUGGACCAAGGGGACUUGCUGUAUGCACCCAACGUAUGCUCAGACGCCCAGGGCCGCCUGCUGCUCUGGGCCUGGCUGCAGGAGCGGCGGUCGCCGGGCGCCGCUGCCGCCUACGCCGGCUGCCUCACGCUGCCCCGCGUGCUGACCCUGUCGCCAGACGGCCGGCGCCUGGUGCAGCAGCCGGCGCCGGAGCUUGCGCUGCUGCGCCGCUGCUGCGGCACGGGCGGCGGUGGCGACCCCUUCACGGGCAGCACAGAAAAUGGCGCCGCUCCCUGCGACGGCGUGCCGCCCUCUGGUGCCAGCUUCAGCGGCAGGGGCGGCUGGUAUGCGGGCGGGGUGGAGUUGGCGGAGGGGCAGCUGCUGCCGAUUGAAGGAGUGGCAGGGCGGAGGCUGGACAUAGAGCUUACCCUCCGCAGGGGCAGCGGAGAGGCGGCGGGCCUGCUGAUUCAGUCUCACGAGGCGGGCAGCCAGGGCAACGCCCUCAUUACUUACGACUGGGGCAGGAAUGCGCUGGACGUGGUGUUUGGGGUGCCGGCCCCACAGGCUGCCGUGCCAGCUGGCGCCAGCAGCCAGAGCGAUGGCAUGGAGAGCCAGCUGAGCGGCGCCCUGUCGGGAGUGGCGCGCUGGCACCUGCCGGCGCCCGCGGCAGCCAGCAGCCCCCGCAAGCGGGGCCGCGGCGCGGCGGCGGCGGUGUUUGAGGCGGCGGCGGCGCCCGGCAGCCCGGCCAAGGCGGCGGUGGCGGUACCGGCAGAGGUGGUACCGGAGCUGCACCUGGCGGAGCUGGCAGAGCCGCUGCCUGAGGCAGCUGCCGUGGAAGCUGCGGUGGCGGAGGAGGCGGCAGCCGCGGCGGCGGGCACGUUCAGGCGGCUGGGUGGCCCUCUGGCGGCGCCAGCCACCGACGGAAGCGGGCGGGCGCAGCUGAGGCUGAGGGCGGUGCUGGACGGCUCGGCUCUGGAGGUGUUUGCCGGAGGCGAGGUGCUGAGCACCCGAGUGUACCGCGGCGCCCCGCCGGCAGACGGCGGCAGCCCCGCAGGCGCUGCCUGCAGCGGCGUCUUCCUGGCGGCGCUGGGCGGCGCGGCUGUGCUGGAGAGCGGCGAGGCUUGGGAGCUGCGCAGCUGCUGGGCGGAGGAUGAGCCUGAGGGUGGGGCGGCGGCCUGA